GCGCAGAGAGGACAGACAGCAGGUUUGCUGCUACUGCGGACAGUGAAAGACAGAGACAAAGUUAGCGUCCUCCUCAUCCUUCUCUCGGCCCUGUCUGUGGUCACAGGAGACAGCGACACACAGUUACUCGGGAGCCCGGCAGACAUGACGAGCUCUCCAGGCCUGUGUCGCUGAGCUGUUGAAUCCAGAGUUCACGCUCUCGUUCUCACCGCCAUGGCUGACAGAGAGGGACCGCCUAUCCCCCCCGGCCAGGUCUACAUCGAGGUGGAGUAUGACUAUGAGUACAAGGCCAAAGACAAGAUGGUGGCUAUCCACCAGGGAGAGUGUUACCUGCUGGUGAAGAAGACUAACGAGGACUGGUGGCAGGUGAAACGAGAGGAGGGAACGAAGGCCUUUUAUGUGCCGGCACAGUACGUCAGGGAGGUACGCCGGGCGCUCAUGCCCCCUCAGAAGCCCACGUUGCGGGCAAAGCCCACUGUUUUGGAUAUUUGCCGGGCGUCCGACGAGAACCUCAACAGGCCUCUGCUGGAAAUGUCCAGCUUUGGACGUCCGUCGCCGUCCUCUACCCCGUCACCGUCCUACGACCGCGUCACACCACCUGUUCUACCAAAGGAUGGUAACCAGAACAUGGGGAGUCCCCAUCACUGCAAAGUGGUCGCUGAGCUGGUGCUGCUUCACAACAACAACAACCAUCACCAUGGCAACAUCGCCACGCUCCCACAGACACGCGCAGACUCGCCUCCCCUCAGAGUGGGGGACAGUGAUAACAGAAGUCCAGACAGCGAAAAGACCGCACCACCACCGUGUGGCCCACCAGGAGACGGUCUCCACAAACUCCGCAACGAUUCAGAGUCUGGGGACGAGCUGAGCAGCAGCUCCACGGAACACAUACAGACGACGUCGCCUUCAGGUCAGGGCCGGUCCGAUUCACCAGUCUACACCAACCUCCAAGAGCUGAAGAUCUCACAGUCCAGCCUGCCGCCCGUCCCUUCAGGAUCGCCACUCCACAUCCUGGGUGACUGGGAGACCCACAAAGACCUGAGCGGCAGGCAUUUCUACUACAACCGUGCCACUGGAGAACGCACGUGGAAACCGCCGCGCACCAGGGACGCCAGCGGCAGCACCAGCAGUUUCAGAGGAGACAAUCAGACGUCAGUGGAGAACGAGCUGCUGUCCUCAGAGGAAAACUGUCACAGCACCCACUCCAGUCAGUCUGACAGCCAGUACGGGUCGCCCCCUAGAGGCUGGUCUGAGGAGCUGGAUCAACAUGGACACACCCUCUACGUGUCUGAAUACACGCAGGAGAAGUGGAUAAAGCAUCUGGAUGAACAGGGACGACCUUACUACUACAGUGCUGAUGGAUCCAGGUCAGAAUGGGAACUGCCCAAGUACAAUAUCUCCCCUCAGUCCGGCGAGUUUCCCAAGAGUCACAGUCUGGAGAGGAAGCAGCAGCAGGAGCCCAUCGUCCUUACCAAGUGGAGACACAGCACUUAUGUUUUAGACCUCAAUGACAAGGAGGGUUCUCCAGUGCCCAGGCAGAGCUCUCCAGAUUCUGACUCCUGCCCCUCAUCUCCUAAGCACCCCUCGACCCCUUCAGAGAAGUGUGGCGUCCUCAAUGUGACCAAAAUCACUGAAAAUGGAAAGAAAGUCAGGAAGAAUUGGACCUCGUCGUGGACAGUGCUGCAGGGUUCCACUCUGCUCUUUGCCAAGGGUCAGGGGGCCAGCACCAGCUGGUCUUACUACCACAGUGGCUCCAUCCCAGAGCUGCUCCUCACUCUCCUUAGCAACUGGAGGCGCUCAGUCAAGCCCCGCCCUGCUGUCGCCUUUGUGAACUGUAGGCCUGUGCAGGCGGCUGCUAAGUUCGGCAGCAACCAAUCAAAGCCUGAGUUCAUGGUGGAUCUACGAGGCGGGUCUGUGGAUUGGGCAUCCAAGGACAAGUCCAGCAAGAAACAUGUCAUUGAGCUAAAGACGCGUCAGGGAACAGAACUGCUGAUCCAGUCAGAGAUCGACAGCGUGAUCCAUGACUGGUACCGGGCUCUUACAGAGACCAUCAACACACAUGUCUGGGAGUCCGAUGAGGCCAUUGAGGAGGACAUGCCUGAGUCUCCUGGAACUGAGAAACAAGACAAGGAGAAAGAACACCGGGACUCCAAGAAGAACAGAGUGAUGAAAACAUCGCUGAGCAUGGACUCGUCUGACCAGAAGAAAACCCGGAUGAAACUCAAGAAGUUCCUCACGCGUCGACCCACGUAUCAGGCGGUCAGAGACAAAGGCUACAUCAAAGAUCAGGUGUUUGGGUGCAGCCUGACCAGUCUGUGCCAGCGGGAAAACACAUGGGUGCCCAACUUUGUCAAAAUGUGUAUCGAUCAUGUGGAAAAUACAGGUCUCAGUGUUGAUGGUUUGUACAGAGUGAGUGGGAACCUGGCAGUGAUACAGAAGCUUCGCUUUGCUGUGAAUCACGACGAGAAGGUGGAUCUGAAUGACAGUAAGUGGGAAGAUAUCCACGUCACCACUGGAGCUCUGAAGAUGUUCUUCAGGGAACUCCCUGAGCCUCUCUUCACAUACGGAUCCUUCAAUGACUUUGUCAAUGCCAUCAAAUGCUCGGACUACAAGCAGCGAGUAAAUUCAAUCAAAGACUUGAUCAAGAAGUUGCCAAAACCCAACCACGACACAAUGCAGAGCCUAUUCAAGCACCUGCGGAGGGUGAUUGACCAUGGGGAGGCAAACCGCAUGACCACUCAGAGCGUGGCCAUCGUGUUCGGACCCACGCUGCUGCGACCUGAGACAGAGACGGGCAACAUCGCGGUCCACAUGGUCUACCAGAACCAGAUAGUGGAAGUUAUACUGCUUGAGUAUGAGAGCAUCUUCGGGAGGUAGAGGCUCACAGGAGGACGCUUUGACUUCUUUUCCUUUGCUUUCGAUUGAGCGACGACGUGGACCAAGCAAGCAGUUUUGGACAAAAAUGAAAUAAAGUCAGAUUUCCACUCAGUGAUGGGACAGUUUAUGCAGGUGUUGCACUUACAGAAGUUUUGAAGAUAGUUAAAACAUGUUUAAAAAAAAAAAAAGAUGUACAGAUUUCUCUUGCUCUUUGCAGUCACAGCUCGGAGCAGCUUGGAUGGUGGACAGGUGAUUAAUUGUUCACACUGGAUUCCUGUGGCCAGUAAAGUUAAGCUCAGACGUGGAAGCGGUGGUGCUCUUUUUUCCCCAGACGGAACCGGUUGAUCGGCAGAUUGUGGCGACAAACCAAACGCUGCUUAUUUGGCAUCGACUUCCUCACCUCUCUGGAGAAAUGAUGGCAAUCUGAGCUGGAUGCGUUUCGUGUGUCUUUGUGGAUAUUUUGUCUGUGAUAUUUCUGCCCUUUUGUGAUUUUGAAUCAGGUAGAAGAGAAAAUAAUCAGUAUUAAGUCAUCGGAUUGUCCUUUGGUACUUGGAUGAACUGGAAGUGCAGAGCCCACAAUCCCACUUAUUUAAGUGACACCACCGACCUCAUCUCCCUCCCCUCACUCACCUCUACUUCCUCUACUGAACCCGUGUUCACCAUUAACUCUGUGACGCGAGCGUCCCAUGACUUGAAUGAUGGGAAGACAGAGCCUCUGUUUGUUUGUGUGUGUGACUGAAUUAUCCCAAAUGGAAUAAAACCUUGAGCAGAA